GUCUCUCUGUAGGGGGCUAAAUGAGGGGAUACACUUCUCUCAGUCUCUCUGGGCGAGUGGAGGUGAACACAUCGUGUACAGCGAGGAGGGAGAUGGAAAUCUGUCUGACUUUAAUUCUUCUCUCAUCCACACUCACACUCACAGCAGCUGACAGUGUGAGGUUGGUGAAUGGUGGAAGUCGCUGUGCUGGGAGAGUGGAGGUUCUUCAUGAUGGACAGUGGGGAACAGUGUGUAAUUUUGCCUGGGAUAUGAAAGAUGCUGCAGUGGUGUGUAGAGAGCUGCGCUGUGGGGAGCCUGUAGAUAUUCGUUAUUGGGCUGACACACAAGGGGGACAUUUCUGUUUUCAUAAUAUUGAUGCUGGAGUCACUUGUUCAGGUAAACUAUUACACACUGCUGGACCUCACCGGUGCUCUGGGAGAGUGGAGGUGUUUCUUGGACGUUCCAGGUCCACAGUGUGUGAUGCUGACUUUGACCAGCAGGAUGCAGAGGUUGUGUGUCGAGAGCUGGGCUGUGGGAUUCCUGUGAAUGUUUUGGAAUCAGCUGCUUUUGGCCGAGGGGAGGGUCAGGUGUGGACAGAGGAGCUUCAGUGUAGAGGAAACGAAUAUGAGAUUUACUGUCCAUCAUCAUCUUCACUCAAACACUCAACAUGUUCCCAUGACAACGAUCUCUCGGCUGUUUGUUCAGGUUACACAGAGGCGAGGCUGGUGAACGGACCGGACUCCUGUUCUGGUCGAGUGGAGCUCCUGUACCUCGGUGUGUGGGGCACAGUUUGUGCUGUAAGCUGGGAUAUGAGAGCUGCAGAUGUUCUGUGUGCACAGCUGGAUUGUGGGAGUGCUGUGGCUGUGGUGGUGGUGGGCUGGUUUGGGGGGGGCAGUGACCACAUGUGGGCUGAUGUGUUUGAUUGUCAGGGGAAGGAGACACACCUAUCACAAUGUGGCAUCUCAUCAUGGAGUCGAGCUGCAUGCACUCAUAAACAUGAUGCUGGAGUCAUCUGUAAUGGAUCCUCUGUGGCACUUCAUGAGAGGCGAGUGUGGUUGUCUGGAGGGAGCGAGUGUCAGGGGGAGGUGGAGAUUUAUUUCAGGCAGGACUGGAGGAGAGUUCUCCUGGACUCAUGGAGUCUGUCUGAGGCAUCUGUGCUCUGCAGACAGCUGGGCUGUGGCUCUGUGCAGAACUACCGCUCCUCUCCAUCCACCACUGAACACAAACACAUGUGUGUAACAGGUUUCAGCUGCUCUGGGAGUGAAGAACAUCUGAGGAACUGCAGCAGUGCACAAGCUAAACAUGUCAACUGCAGCUCCGUGGAACAGCUCUACAUCCCCUGCUCAGGUAAACAUAAUCCAGUCCGAGAUUCCAUCAGGCUGGUUGGUUCUGGUGGAGACUGUGCAGGAAGGCUGGAGGUUUUCCACAGCGGCUCGUGGGGGACUGUGUGUCAUGACUCGUGGGGUAUUGAGGAUGUUCAGGUGGUGUGCAGACAGCUGCAGUGUGGAGAGGCCCUCAGUAACUACAUACCAGCCUGGUUUGGUCCUGGAACUGGGUCCAUAUGGCUGAAAGAGGUGGAGUGUGAGGGGAACGAGACGUCCCUGUGGAACUGCAGAUAUCAGCUGUGUGAAGAGGGUGAAUGUGGACACCAUGAGGACGUAGGAGUCGUCUGCUCAGAAUUUAAAGAUAUCCGACUCACGAAGGGCUGUGAGGGGAAUCUUGAAGUGUUCUACAAUGGAACCUGGGGUAAUGUGUGUCACAAUCAGAUGGCUGAUGAGCUAGAAACAGCAAAUAUGGUGUGUGGAGAGCUGAACUGUGGAAAACUCAAACGUUUGGUCUCAGAGAAAGCAAGAGAAAAAUUUGCUCCUAACUGGCUGGAUCAUGUGAAAUGUAGGAAACACGACUCUAAUCUGUUGCAGUGUCCAUCUUUACCCUGGGGAGAGAACAGAUGUGAUAAUGAAGUUGUUCAUAUUACCUGCACAGAAGAUGGAACGUCUCUACGUUCUCAAGGGACAUGCUCGUCAUUUCCUCUUCAGAAAUACUGCUCAAAACACUGGUCUCUCAGGCUGACUGGAGGAAAGGGAAGCUGCUCUGGGAGGUUGGAGGUGUAUCAUAACUCUACGUGGGGCUCCUUUUGUGAUGAUCAGUGGAACAUCAUGAACGCUCAGGUGGUGUGCAGACAGCUGGGCUGUGGGUCGGCGCUGAGUGCUGAUGAUCGGUUUGGUUCUGGUGAAGGGACUUUCUGGCUGAACAGAGUGAAGUGUCGAGGGGAUGAGAUUCACCUGUGGGACUGUCAUCAUUCCCUGAAGAAACACACUGACUGCUCUCCUGCUGGAGUCACCUGUGCAGACAUAUCCACUGUGUCCACUGCUACACCCACCACCACCACCACCACCACCACCAAACCAGGUGUGUAUUUAACUGGACCUCCAUCCUUCCCUCCACUGGUUCUCUAUGUGUUGGGAACGCUGCUCUUUCUGGCCUUAGUGCUUCUGCUGGUACUGUUUUACCAGAACAGAGUGCUCAGGAGAGGUACCACACUUUCACACAUUUUAUUAUUAUGUUAUUUAAAAUCUCAUUCUCAUAUUAUAAUUUAUACUCCUGAGGCAGUCUAUGAGGAGAUCAACCACAGAUACAUGGCUAGAAGAAGCUUCACACAAAGAGGAAGUCUCCUCUCUGAAGAACAGCAUUCUGGGUAUGAGCAUGUGGAUGAUGAGCUUCUCUCAGAGGAUGAAGCUGAGAAUUAUGAUGACGCCAUUACAGCUGAGCAGAAGUCAGUUAUACUGACAGAGGACGUGUCCGAGAACUAUGACGAUGCAGUUACCACUGAAACAAACACAAACAUCAUCACAGACAAUCCAGAAGAUUAUGAUGAUGUCAUCACUGAGGAACAGGAUGUAGGAGAGACAGAAGAAUAUGAUGACGUGGAGGAGAAAUCUCAGAAGGACAGGGACCAUGUGACUGAGACACAUCUCCAAAGGCCUUUUCUCAGGAAAUUACAUUUCAACUUUUAUAAACACAAAAAAUGACUUUAUUAUACUUACAAUAAUUUCAUUCAUUCUGAACCAUGUUCAUUUUCUCACCUUGUUAUUAGUAGAUAAAUUAGGGAGAGUUAAAUCACCUCCAUUAUUACUUAACAAAUGUUUCCAGCUUUCCUUUUACAACACAUUUAGUGCUAUAAGUCAUAGUGAGCUUAAAUAUCACUGACACACCACACCUCAUUUAUCACCAGUUUAUUCCAUCAAAAUCACUUUAAUGUUCAUUACAAUCUUUUGAUGAAACAACUGAUCUUAUCGUUCAUGUUGAUCUGAAAUUUGUGAAUCUGUUAUUCAGUGUUUUUAGAAAUGUGUUAAUUACAUUCCACUUGCCAGAAGAAACCUUGUUUAUUACAAUAUGUUAAAACUUGUUACGAGCCAGAAAUAUGGAACUGUCUUAAAUAGAUAAACAUUUUUCAUUCAA